AUGGCCACAAAAAGACGAGUCGCGGCGGCAGCUACUCCCGAGACGAAGCUUCGCAGCCAAAAGCGCCGCAAGGUAUCUGAAGAGAAUAUUGUGGAUCCUGCAGAAUCGAUCGGUGCAUCUUCAGAGCCUGUGGACGAGGAUGAGCUAGACCAGAGCACAGCAGAGCAGGACAAGGGAGAUGAAUCGGAGGGCUUUCAAGGCGACAGUCUUCAAGCAGCGCAAGACAAGAUUCUGUCGGAGUUGACUCGACUCAAAGACUCUGAUGGUGAGGAUGUAUCUUAUCCUUUCACAGGGAAGCCUGACCGGAACGCCUAUCGCGACUACUAUGAAAUCAUUCAACACCCAGUCUCACUACGGAGCAUCCAGAAGAAAGUCCGUGGCACCGACACCCGAAAGAAAGGCACAAAAAUGACGGCUUUCCCGACAUGGCACGCAUUUGAAGAGGAGGUCAGUUAUAUCUGGCGCAAUGCGCGGGAAUAUAACGAGGAUGGAAGUGAAAUAUCUAAACUCGCGGGCGUUCUAGAGGGGUAUUUCAAGCAGCGUGUGAUCGAGGCCAAAAAGCUUGUUCCAGAUCACAUCCAGCAGAAUCAUGAAGUUCCAGAGGCUACCCCACCGUCCGGGGUUGCAGUCGACAACGAAUCUUUGAAAAAACAACAGGAGCUAGUUCGAAAAGGAUCAGCUAGCCAAGAAGCUGAUGCUCACCACACGCCACCGCGAACUCGUUCUCUCCGAAGGCAUCAGGGUAGUCCUCGAUCUAGCGUGGCAACAACACCGUCUGCCUCGGAGUUAUCGCAUGGACUGGGAGGCGGGGUCAAAGGAGAGACCCCGGUGAUAGCCUCGCAAUCUGCGGACAUACGUUAUUCUCACGGUCCCCACGCGGGCUCUGUCGAUUCUACAUCCGGACAUGUAUCAUAUGAAGCUUCCAGUGCUGCUCUUAUCCGCAAUGUCCAAAUUUUAACACAUCCGUCACUCGCACUUGCCGAAGACUUUUGCUUAGACAUACCUCCCUCUUCCACACUUAUUCAACAAACAAUUACAAUUCCACUGCCCCCCUCACAUCAUUUCAUUACCGUUCGACCCACGGUAGUUGAUGGCACGACACAACGACAGAUCAAACUUGUUGCUGCAGUGGGCAUGCAACGACUUCAUCCUGUCGAAGAUACAUCGGCGCUGGCGUACGAUAUCCAACUCCACCCCGGGACAACCAAGCUCGAUUUGGAGGUUAUCGCCGGGCCAGCUCGAGGUACCCCCAAGUCUGGCCCGCCAGGAUCAGAGGUAGAGUAUGAGCGAGUAACGAUUUUCUUCAGUCUACUACGGUGUGGCCUAUUCCGGAAAGUGGACGACAAGCAGGAGUCUGAAGGACGGUUUUAA